GUGGUUGUGGCCACUCUGCUGUGGGGAGCAUCCCCUGUCAGGGGACUCAUUCGAGCGACUUCGGACCACAAUGGCAGCAUGGAAUUUGCAGACCUCCCAGCUCUCUUUGGGGCUGACUUGAGUCAGGAAGGACUUAAGGGGUUUCUCGUGGAGGCUCAGCCAGCCAACGCCUGCAGCCCCAUUGCCCCACCUCCCCCAGCCCGGGCCAACGGAUCAGUUUUCAUUGCACUGCUUCGAAGAUUCGACUGCAAAUUUGACCUCAAGGUCCUACAUGCUCAGAAGGCCGGGUAUGGUGCAGCCGUGGUCCACAAUGUGAAUUCAAAUGAACUGCUGAACAUGGUGGGGAGUAACGAAGAAGUCCAGCAGCAGAUCUGGAUCCCCUCUGUGUUCAUCAGCGAAAAGAGCUCUAAGUACCUGCGUGCCUUCUUCAUCUACCAGCAGGGAGCUCAGGUGCUUCUGGUCCCUGACAAUGGAUUCGUCUUGACCUAUUUCUUCAUCCUUUUCUAUGGGAUUUUGGCAAUGUUCAUUUUGGGCAUGGGAGCCAUAGUGAUAGUUCAUUGUAUCCGUUUCCAGAAUCAGCGCUGGCGGAAUCGGCUGACCAAAGAGCAACUGAAACAGAUUCCUACCCACGACUAUCGCAAGGGAGACCAGUAUGAUGUGUGUCCCAUCUGCCUAGACGAAUAUGAGGACGGGAACAAGCUGAGGGUCCUCCCCUGCGCUCAUGCCUAUCACUGCCGCUGUGUGGACCCGUGGCUCACUCAGACCAAGAAGACGUGCCCUAUUUGUAAGCAGCCUGUUUGCCAGAAUCUUGGGGAGGAGGAGCAGGAGGAAGGAACUCAGGUGCAAGUGGGCCGGGAGCAAAGAGACCUGAGAAGCCUCCCUGCCUCAGAACGGACCUCACUUCUGGGCUCCAGCACCAUACUUCCCACUAACUUUGGCUCCUUAGCCCCGGCCCCCUUUGUGUUUCUUGGGUCUUCAACAGAUGGCUCAUACUCUCCAUCCUCCUCUUCCUCUUCCUCUUCCGCUGUCAAUCUCAUCUGA